AUGACCAGCAAUGAACCACAAACCUAUUUGGUCGACAAGACUGCGGAUGGCAUCACCACCAUUACCAUCAAUCGAGCUCACAGACGCAACGCCAUCGAUGGACCCACUGCUAGAGGUCUGACGAGUGCUUUGCUUGCCUUUGAACAAGACGCCAGCCAGAAAGUCUGUAUUCUGUACGGUGCCCACGGUACUUUCUGCUCUGGAUUCGAUCUUCACGAGGUUGCCAAGUAUGGGCAAGCGAGCGAGGAGUACAGAGGUCCAAUUAUUGACCCUCAGCAUCAUGUCGUGGGCCGUAACAUUGGCCCCAUCGGCCCGUCCAGGAUGCAGGUUAAAAAACCCAUUAUCAGUGCAGUAUCAGGAUAUGCUGUCGCUGGCGGUUUAGAGCUCUCUUUAAUUGGCGAUAUUCGAGUCGCGGAAGAAGAUGCUACUUUUGGCGUCUUUUGCCGCAGGUUUGGUGUGCCUUUGAUCGACGGCGGGACAGUCCGCCUCCAGGCAAUUAUCGGGCUAGGAAGGGCUCUUGAUAUGAUCCUCACAGGGCGCAGUGUCCCAGCUCACGAAGCAUUACAGAUGGGGCUCGCCAAUCGUGUCGUUCCGCGGGGACAAGCCUUGGCAGAGGCGACACAGAUCGCGAAACAGCUCUUGACAUUCCCCCAAAACUGUAUGAACGUUGACCGCACAAACUGUUAUUAUUCUGCCUACAGUGCCAAAUCCUUUGAGGAUGCUCUCAGCAAUGAGUUUGAGAAUGGUGUACAGGUCAUCACCAAGGAAAGUGUUAAAGGAGCUGCACAAUUUAGUGGAGGGGCAGGGCGCCACGGCGAGACUGUGACUUCCAAGUUUUGA